CUACUAACUACUAUUGUUUUUGGGGCUCAAAAACUGUACAAAUUCUACCUUUGAAUUCCCUCUCUCCCUCUCUCUCUCUCUCUCUCUCAAUCACUGGAUUCACUGAUUUCUAUCAACUAUUUUGUUGCGCUCGAAUCCAUUUACCGAGGCUCCUCGCAACCUUCUUCGUUUCCGAAUCUUACCAAUUUUGUUGUUGUUGAUGCGAUGCCUUUUCUGGGCUCAUAAUACUUCUCUCAACGACUAUAGGUUGAAGACUGCAAAAGAUACUUCCUUUUGCUUUUAAUGGGGUGAUACAUACAUGGAAUUGGUGACUCGGUAGCAAGGGGAUGAGUUGAUGACAGCCUUUUUAUAGCGCGCUGGCUGCAUGGGAGGCUUCUUGCACUUCUUCGACUUCAAUCAGGGGAACAUGGCCAGGAAAGUUCGUACGCAGAAGAGACAUGUUGGGGGCCUUGAAGCUCCUCAGAAUAGUCUGGAGCUGCGAUUAGAAACUCCUCAGAGCUAUUGUGCUGUAGGAGAUGUACCGUUCUCUCAUCAAGUUGAAGAAGACUGGUCUGAAAAGAAUUGCUACCCAAUUGAGGCUUCAAUGAAGAAGUUGAUAAAUGAGGAAGUAACCAAACAAUCAAACACCAGACAAAAUGCCCCAAGCAUUGUUGCGCGGCUGAUGGGAGUGGACAUGUUGCCGUUAGCUACAAAUUAUGCAGUUCAACCAAUAGUCAAAAAGAAUGAAAACAUGGGAACAAAGUUAUCUAAGAAGGAAAGGAAUGGAAAGAGCUCAGUUGCUGAUGUCUCUUGGGACUCAAAUUCGUCCAUGCUGAUGGAAUUCAACCCAUCUUACCUUAGUAAAGAUAGAAGUGCUGAUAGAUGGAGCAGUGAGCAAAAUUUAGGAAAACCUAGGCGGCGAGAACAUCCUCAAGAGGAGGAACUACAGAAGUUCAAGAAAGAAUUUGAAGCAUGGCAAGCAGCCAGGUUUAAGGAAUGUUCAAGGGUUAUUGAACUUGACAGCAUCCCUGGACAAUUGCUUGCUCAAGAGGACCUCAACAAGGAAAAGAUGGCACUUUAUGCAACUUCUGGGAGAACAGCAAGUGAGAGGCCCAGAGAACCUGAGAAUCAUGCAUUAAUGGCAAGGUCAUCUGAAAGAGGCAAUUUGGAGCAACCUGGAGAUAACAUGGAAUUUUUCCCGUCUGAGCAAAAAGAAUCUCUACCUUUGAGAAGUAGGACCAUAAGGAGAAACUUUGAGCAGCCCUACCUGAUGAGUUCUAGUCAGAAACUGGAGAAAUCUUCUGCUCCCACAAAAAUAGUGAUAUUGAAGCCCGGUCCAGAUAUGAUUUAUAACAAUGAAGAAUCUUGGACAAGUCCCUCGGGCACUUUAGCAGAGCGAGGUAGCAUAGAAGAUUUUCUUGAGGAGGUAAAGGAGCGGUUGAAAUGUGAACUGCAAGGGCACACUCUUAAGAGGGGUACGGGCAGAGGCAGUGGAAUUGAGACCCCUUUCAGCGAAAAGCCAUCAGAUCCAAAACAGAUUGCUAGGCAUAUAGCAAAACAAGUCCGAGAUAGUGUGACUAAGGAUCUUGGAAGUAAUUUGCGCAGGUCAGAAUCAACAAGAUCAUAUAGAAGUGAAAUUCAGUUCAAUGGACCAGGUUCCCCAGAUUUCAUCAGCAGAGAUACCAGGAAAUUCUUGUCAGAGAGACGAAGGAAUGUUCUCAAGAAAGAAACACUUGACGUCCCCAUUGCAACCUCUUCAUCAUCAGUGUUAGAAAAUGAGAAGGUCAAACUAAAAAAAGCUAGAGAUACACUGACGGCCGAAAAUGAGGUGAGCUGCCUGGAAAUUGUGAAGGAUGAACGAGAAAUGCAAACACGAUCUUUCAGGCAUGGGUCAGAUGAUGGAGUGCUCCAGAGAGAGUUGUCCCCUAGAAAUCUCAUGCGGUCCUUGUCAGCCCCAGUCUCAGGAACAUCAUUUGGGAAGCUUCUUCUGGAAGAUCGUCACAUUUUGACUGGAGCCCACAUUUGGAGAAAGCAUGAAGCCAUUGAUAAUGUUGCAGUGGAUUUAAAAAACCAGAGGAAAGAAAAGUUUAAUUUUAAAGAAAAAGUUUCCAAUUUCAGAUACAGUUUCGCUUUUAGAAGGAGGCUGUUUGGCAAAAGGAUCCAAACAAUGGUGGAAUCACGUAGCGGUGAACACACUCUUAUGGGAGAUAUCAUGAGUGGACCAACAGUGCUUCUGAACUAUGGCGAGAGGCAUGAUAACUCCACUGAGGUGCCUCCUAGCCCUGCAUCUGUGUGCAGCAGUGCUCAAGAAGAUUUCUGGAGGCCAGCAGACCAUAUCAGCCCAAUGUCAACACCGGAUGUAACUCCAGUAGAUGAUGACAUGCCACAAGUUUUUAAAGAGAUCAGCUCCAAUCUGAAUGAGCUGCGGAAGCAACUAAAUCAACUCAAGUCUCAUGGGCCUGAGGACACAACAAUCGAACAGGAGUCCAAUGAGUCUGAAACGGUUGAGCUGGCUGACCCAACAGAAGCUUACAUAAGAGAUCUGCUCGUUUCUUCUGGCUUGUAUGAUGGAUCAUCUGAUAAAUCUUUAGUUAGAUGGGGCACAAUUGCAAAGCCUAUCAGCAACUUCGUCUUUGAAGAAGUGGAAGAAGCAUACAUAAAAUUGGCCAAGGAGGAUGAGAGCACGAUAAAGAAUCACAAUGAGAAGGUAGAUCACAAGAUGCUAUUUGAUUUGUUAAAUGAGACACUUUCAACUCUUCUUGGACCACUUUCGUCCAUGUUGAAAUUCAAAAGAAAAAUGAUUCAUUCCUCUAUGCUGCCCACUUUAUGUAGAAGGAGGUUAUUGGAUUGUGUGUGGGAGAUUAUCCGUAUACACUUACACCCUCCUACUGACAAAUCCCACUGCUCAUUUGAUACUAUGGUGGCCCGGGAUCUGGGAUCAACCCAUUGGUCUGUAUUUAUAGAUGAAGAGGUCAAUGUCAUGGGAAAAGAUAUGGUGUGUCUGAUAAUUGGAGAUUUGGUUGAGGAAAUUGUGAAGGAAAUGCAAUAAGAGGACGCGGGUUUUAGACUUCUUUGGUUUUGAUAAUUGUGGUUGGCAGUGUAUAUUUGGAAUUUUAGUAUAUACAUGCUUACAUUGAUGUCCAAAAGGUUACACCAUGUUGCAUGUGCCUGUAUAUAUGUUCUCUGUACGUGUUCAUCGUGUAGAAUUGAGUUGAGUCGAGGCUAUAGGUAAUGUACAUGACUUGUGCAUGUAUUAUUAGGUUGUUGUUCACCAAAAAAGGGGGAAAUUUUGAUUUAUUAUUUAUUGGAGAAUUCGAUAAUUUGUGGGA